AAUUUCUGGAGCAUUCCAGAUUUAUUUCUUCCUCUGUUCCCCCACCGUAGCUGUUCUCUAGACUGUUUCCGUGCUUGCCUAGCCUGCUUUACCAGCUCUCCCAGUCGCACACGUAGUUGAAAAGUCGCCUCGAGCCUGUUUCACCGGGAGAGAGCAGCCAGUUUCUUAUUAGUGUCUGAGCCCUGCGUGCUGAGCUAAUCUCUUUGGCAUCAGGACGGUGCCUUAUCCCACACAAGCAAUGGAGGCUUUAGCAUGCAGCGUCGCAGUGCCUCUGGCCGUUCCUACGGCGGCUGCUCCAGCUUCUAUGGCCGUCCGCAGACACGAAGCUUCAAAGCAUACACUUCUACGCCAUGGAUGCGAUGCGUUAUCGCAGCUUUCCCGAACAUCCCCUCGUUUGUCCUCGCAAAGGAGCCGCGUGGUGGUGCACGCAGCAACCGAAGGCGAUGAAGCGGGAGCCCCGGCGCCGGCUGCACCGACGGCCACUGCACCGGCGACGGCGGAAGACCCCCUGGCGUACAAGCACCUGCUUCUCCCCAUCAUGGACCGGAAUCCGUUCCUCAACGAAUCCACACGACAGGCUAUCGCCACGGCAACCGCCAUGGCCAAGAGGGGCAGUGCUGACAUCACCGUCGUCGUGAUCGACGAGGACCAGUCGGAGACCAUCGACCAGCACAACCAGCGCCUCGAGAGCAUCCGCUUCCACCUUGCAGAAGGUGGCUUCUCGGACUUCUCGCUGCUGGAGCGGCUGGGCGAGGGCAAGAUGCCGGCGGCGGUGGUGGGGGAGAUCGCGGACGACCUGGAGCUGGACCUGGUGGUGAUGAGCAUGGAGGCCAUCCACCACAAGCACGUCGACAGCAACCUGCUCGCCGAAUUCGUGCCCUGCCCUGUGCUCCUGCUCCCGCUCUAGCUUCUCCGUGCCUUCUCCGUGGCUUCUGCGUGCCGUGGUGGGAUGGGGGUGUUUUAGGCGGAGCCUUAGCCAGGAGUAGUGUAGCAACAUGCCUUGUUUUUGUGUCGAAGGGUUUACUGUUGAGUAUUUCGUGCCGUGGCUGUGAAAGUGAAUGCUAUUGCCAGGGAGGGGAUAGUUGGUUGGGUUGAAUCUGGUCACUUACACUACUACGUACCGGUAGAUGUAUACUUCUGUUCAGGAGAACAAUACACCUGGUAAAAUCAACUUCAGGA